CUUUAAGGGUUUUAUUAGCCAUAAAACCCCUUCUUUCCACCUCUUAUAAAUAGGGCUAAGGAGACCCACGAAUUUUAAGAGUUAAAAUUCACUUCUUAAACCUAGAGUGGAGAGGAAGAAAGAAGAGAACGCUAGCACGUUCCCUGCGGCCGAUCCAGUCACGUGCGUGUGGAUACCGGUAGAGCUCGGGAUCGUUUUCUCGGACUGUCUGACAUCCUUGAUUAAGAUUGCUAUUAAAUAUGGCUGCCAACACAACUUUUUCACAGCGAUCUAUCCUUGAGAAGGAAAAACUUAAUGGAACAAAUUACAUGGACUGGGAUAGGAAUCUGAGAAUCGUUCUCAAACAAGAGCGUAAAGAAUAUGUCCUUGACCAACCAAUUCCUGCUGAACCAGCGGCCAAUGCUGCUAGAGCCAUUAGAGAUGCUUAUGAAAGGCAUGUCCGUGAUGAAGUUGAUGUCACUUGUCUGAUGUUAACUAUCAUGGAAGCUAAUCUUCAGAAACAGUUUCUGAAUCGUCGUGCACAUGACAUCUCUAAUGAACUCAAGAACUUGUUUCAGAAACAAGCACGGAUCGAAAGGUUCGAAACGACCAAAGCUUUGUUUCACACAAGGCUUACUGAUGGAAACCCGGUUGGACCUCACGUGCUCAAGAUGAUUGGGCUUAGGGAUCACCUGGAAAGACUUGGAUCUCCAAUUAGUCAAGAGUUGGCUACUGAUGUGAUUCUCGCAUCACUCACUCCGGCAUAUGACCAGUUCAUCAUGAACUAUAAUAUGCAUGGUCUUGAGAAGACCUUAACCGAAUUGCAUGGAAUGCUCAACUCUGCUGAGCAAAACAUCAAGAAAAAUCGGAGUGACAUUUUGAUGGUCAAAAAGGGGAAAGGAUUCAAGAAGCAUGGUAAUGGCAAGGUUGGUGGAAACAAGAAAUCCAAAACCUUAGUUAAGAACUCGGGUAAAAGCAAAUCAGUUGCUAGCUCUUCUUCUAAAGAAGAGCAAAAAUGUUUCCACUGCAACAAAACUGGUCACUGGAAGCGGAAUUGCAAGGCAUAUUUGGAGGAACUGAAAAAGAAGGGGCAUGGUGAUACUUCCAAUUCAGGGACUAACAAGGAGUAGAAGGCUGGCUAAAGGUGAACUUGACCUACGAGUAGGCAACGGUGCAAAAGUUGCAGCAUUAGCAAUAGGGACAUUUACUUUGAAUUUGCUCACGGGCUUAGUUUUAGAACUUGAUAAUUGUUAUCAUGUACCUGCCAUUAGCAGGAAUAUUAUUUCCGUUUCUUGUUUGGACAAGAAAGGAUUUCAUUUUAUAAUAAAGAACAACAUUUGUUCUAUUUAUUUUAAUGAGAUCUUUUAUGGUAGUGGUUGUAACACCCCGAUUUUAGCGAUCUAG